GCGGGUAGCACGCGGAUUUCUCACUAGGGAGCGGGGACUGUGGGAAGAGUGGGCAGUUGACGUCAGCGGCAGCCGGGCGAGGCCUGUGCCCGGGUCACUUGUUGCUGAGUGGUGUCGCGGGCGGGUCAGAGAGUCAGUCAGUUGUAGUGAGUUGUUGUUAUCUCCGGGAGCAGCGCCGCCGUGUCGGACCGACCUGCACCGUGCCCGCCGGAGGAUGGAGGGUCCCAGUCUCUGUCGCUACCUGGCCGCCUUGCUCAGCCUGCUGGCUGUGGUCGCCGCGGCUGAUACCGAUUGUUCCCAGAUGAACAAUACAAGCUGUGAGACAUGUCUGAAUAACGUUAAGUGUCUUUGGUGCAACACGAACAAGAAGUGCCUGGAAUAUCCUGUAAGGAACAUCCUGCCUCCCUCAUCGCUGUGCAAACUGAGUGACGCUCGCUGGGGAAUAUGCUGGGUUAAUUUUGAAGCUUUGAUUAUCACCAUGUCUGUGCUUGGAGGAGUGAUUAUCUUGUCCAUCGUCAUCUGCUGUUGCUGCUGUUGUAGGAAAAAGAAGAGCAGAAACACAAGCCUGGAGACUGAAAGGUCCAUACGAGAGAAGGAAGAGAGAAGAGUGCAUCAGGAAGAAAGGAAGGCUCAAAUGAAGACGCGUCACGAUGAGAUCAGGAAGAAAUACGGUUUGUUCAAAGAAGAUAAUCCCUAUUCAAAGUUUGACGGCUAACUUUGGAUGUUUUUCAGUCUUCAAAAGGUUUAGGAUUCUACUCCUCACUGAAACAAGAGAUUUUCCCUAGUAAAUGUGUGUGUGUAUAUAGCCCAUAACGAUAAUCUAGCAGUACCAGGCUGAGGAGGGCAGGAGUGCCUACAGCCCAUUUCCUUACCCCCAGAUCACAAGCAAAAGGAAGGUCAUCAAGUCUCAGGCCUCCAGCUGCUGCCUCUGUACAGUGAUUUGCAUAUAUUUGUAAACGUCACAAAAACAGAAGUUACUCCAGAUGGUCCAUUUCUACAAUGUAUUUCUUUACCAUAUUGUAAAGUGCCUUAUACCUGUAAGAUCGGACUAACCAGCCAUUCCCAUUCCUCUGAGACAGUCCAGCAAAUAAAUUGCCAGUCCUCCUGUCUCGGAGUAUACCAGAUGAAAUGUCCAUUAGUAUUAAGAAAAUUGAUGAAUCUAAAUUUAGGACAUUUUAGUGCAGAUAUAGUUUAUGUGAUAGUUACCUGAGCCUCUAUCUUGUGUGGGUUCUGUAUUUAGAACAUUGACUUGGAGAGGAAACCUUAUGUCUUCUGUGUACUUACGUUGAUGAUAAAACUAUGCAUUUUAUUUUGUGUUAGGGAGGUCUUGCCCAAAAAAAUGUUGCAGCAAGCAUUCACUUUAAUGGUUUAUUGUAUCGGCCUUACUGGUAUUUAGUUGCUGGAAGUACGGUCUACUGUGCAUGUAAAUGGCCAUUCCCUGUCCCAGGGCUGAUGUUACUAUAAAUGUCAGUCUAAGGUUUGGGGUUUUUCUUUCUCCUUCUUCUUUGUAACACUCCAGACUUUAAUUUUUUAUGUUUGUUUUGUUGUACUACAGUGCACUAUAUUCUGUCUCGUACUUUUACUGCUACCCUUAGUGCCAGGUAUAAUUUUUUAACAAAUGCACAUUUAGUUGUAGCUGGAGUUCAUGAAGUUACAUGGGGUCCUCCUGAGCCAGCAAGGCAGGCUGACCACUAGAGGUCAGUGUGCCCAUCUCUAAGCUGCGCAUUAACACGAGUGGCAGGCUCACGGAUGGGAGCCACUAACUACACGGCUCUGAAACAGGCAGGUGGCAGUAGAGGAUAGUGUAGCAGUUGUUAGAUACUAGUUGCAUCAGAGCAGCAGACCCUAAGUAUAAGGAUAUAUAUAUUUUUUUAUAUUUGACAUUAUAAGCUCUGCAUUGGGUAUAAUUAUAGUUUAAAGAGUCUUCCAAUCAGUGACAUCCUCUUAUACGGUUCGCUGUAGCCUGUGUCAGGGUGGUGGAAUAAGAAUGGAGCUUUGUCUUUUGUUGGAUGAAUGUCUCCUCUAACUCGUCACAAUCUCUUGUGCACAUUCCACAAUGAAUUCUAGUGCCUUAUAGAAGUGUCAUACAGAAUCUUAUUUUGGAAAAGGCUGUAUAGUGUUCGCUUUUGGCAUUUUAUAUCUUUAAUAUUGCUACUUCAAUACCCUUUAUUAUAUAAGGCUAAUGGGGUUUAUACCCAAUGAGGAAACUUUAUAAAGUUUAUAUACUUUCUGACUGUAACGUGUAAGUAAGAUUUGUUCUGUAAGCUUGAUCAAAGUAUAUAAAAGGGCUUCUUAGUACACAUCUAACACUAACACUCGUGUGCUAUCAUUGUACUAAUAUGAAAGUUUUUUGUUUGUUUUUUCUUAAUAGUAUUUUGCACAUUUUUGUUUUGCUGUAAGUAUCCCCAAAAAUUAAAAUUUUCUGAUAGUUUGGACAAAUUAA